AUGUGCGGUGACAUCCACCCUAAUCCAGGACCAACAUCUACAAACACUUCUGUAAACGGAAAUUCGUCUCGUAGCAAUAACUGUGCUUCGCGUGAACGACAACCCGGGGACAAACAGUCAAACUUGUUCUGUAUGCAUAUGAAUGCCAGGAGUUUGAAAAAGAAUAUCAACACGCAAGGAAACUUAUUUAUUUCUAACCUGAUUAAGUUUCAAGAGAUGGUAUAUUCGGAAUCGGUUGAUAUAAUGUUUGUGACUGAAACCUGGCUCAACAGCAAUGUUACAAGUAAAGAAAUUUUACCUAAUGGAUACAAUAUAUACAGAUCAGACCGGUCGCUCGGACGAACCGGAGGAGGAACACUGAUAGCUAUCAAACACGGUAUUUUCAUCAGCUGCAGUCAGCUUACUUCCAUUGCUACUACGAAUUUGGAGGCAGUUGCUAUUCAAUGUACCCUACCCAACCACGCAAAAUGGCUUCUUGUGUGCUGUUAUAGACCACCUGAUAGUAACGAUAUGUCUGAUCUUAGAUCCUUUGCUGAUAACCUAUUUCCUAGUUACGACAAGAUUAUUAUUGCCGGGGAUUUUAACCUCCCAAGUAUCUCUUGGACAGAUGGUAACUAUACAUCGUUUGGUUCAUUGAGUCAGAAUUUCUGCGAUAUUUUGGACGAUUACUUCAUGUCCCAACUUUGCCUUACGCCUACGAGAGAAUCAAAUAUUCUGGAUCUACUGAUUACAAACCAACCUGAACAAGUAUCAUUUAUAGACAUCUGCUCUCCAACGGAUUUAGGAAUGUCUUCUGAUCAUAAAAUUAUACAGUUUAAAUUUUCCUUCGCAUCUAAAACCAUUCAAUCUAAUAAACGUUUGGUCUACGAUUACAGACGAGCCAACUUUGACGGCCUGCGAAAACGUUUAAUAGACAUAGACAUUUGUUCUCUUGUAACAAAUAAUGGAACGGAAUCUAGUGUUGAUGAUGACUGGUCAACUUGGAAGGACGCCGUGAUGUCUGCUGUGCAUGAAUUUAUCCCUUCCAAAUAUGUGGACCCUCGUCGCUCACCACCUUGGAUAACACCUACCAUCUUGCAUCAUAUUCGUAAAAAGGUUACUGCCCGUAAGAGAUUCCUUAGCCGUGGAACUGAUUAUCUUAAGGCGAAGUUUAACAAACUGAGAGCUGAAGUUAAAAAAAUGAUUCAAAAUAGCAGAGAGUCAUUUUUCUCGUCAUUAGGAAACACUAUACAAAUCAACCCAAAACGUUUUUGGUCGGUUUUCAAAAUCAAGUCAAGUUCUGGAAAUAUACCCAACUCCGUCACAAGGUCGGAUACCAACAAUCCUGGGACUAGAUUACAAGCUAACACACCACACGACAUUGCAACAAUGUUUAACGAGUACUUUCAUUCUGUCUAUACAUGUUUCUCUGACCAACCCCCGCCAUCUCAAUCUGGUUCAUCAUCUCCUUUAUCCAGCAUCUCAUCCAUUGACCUCUCUCUAGAAGAA